CAUUUCCUGGGCAAUUAUGUUUCGUGUUUUGAUUCGAAGGAAGUGUCCUUAAUGGGAAGUAUAAUAUGUUUAAUCUAACAUUUGCAUCACGCCAAUAACUUUUUCAUUUCUCUUUUAACACCAGCAGGUGUUUCUAAACGGAUUACAACAUCGACAAUUUGGCCUCAUCAGGACGCAACAUGGGGAAUUUUUCGUCAGAUCCAUCCUCAAAUGUUCACGCUUCGGUGCAAAGCUGUUUCAACUUAGACACGAACUUCGACAACGCCGGUUACUUGUAUACAACAAACAUUAUCACAGCUGUCGUGAAUUCUUUUUUCGCGCUGACCGCCGUGCUGGGAAAUUUCUUCAUCAUUCUCGCUUAUCAAAGAACGCUUUCGCUUCAUUGCCCAGCUAAUACUCUUGUGUGUUGCCUAGCAUUGUCCGAUUUCACUGUCGGUUUAGUGGCGCAACCGAGUUUCGUGGCGCACAAAAUUGGAGAGGUGCAACAUAACCUCAGUAUGUAUUGUGAGACUAGGAUAGUAACAGAAACAUCUGGGUACAUUGCUUGCGGUGUCUCAAUUUUGACACUAACAGCCAUAAGCAUUGAGCGGUACCUCGCGGUUCAUCUUCAUCUUCGUUACAACGAAAUUGUGACAAAUUUUCGAGCUCUGGUGACAGUGGGAAUCCUUUGGUCCAUACUUGGUUUGGCAGCGGGCUCGAGAUUCUUCGUCAGAGACGGGAAAAACUUCAACGCUAUAACAGCUCCCAUUUUGUUCUCCAGUUUAAUCGUCACUGUUUGGGCGUAUUCUAGGAUUUAUAAGCAAGUCAAACGACAUCAACGCUCCAUUCAAGACCAAGAAAAAUCGGCCAGGGUUAUCGGCAUUGCGAAAUACAAGAAGUCAACAGUAACGAUGGUGUACAUUCUUGGUUUGUUUGUUCUGUCAAAUGCGUCUUAUCUCAGUGUAGUAGUUGCUCACCGAAUUCAGGGUUACACGUAUUCGGUGAAAGUGGCUUACAUCUUUGCUUCUACGAUUGUCUUCAUGAGCAGCUCUGUAAAUCCCUUGAUUUAUUGUUGCAGAAUCAAAGAGAUUCGACAAGCUGUUGUUAAAGUUACAAAAACACUGUGCCGGUUAUAAGAAGGAAUUCAGAAUAUUAUUCAAUAAUUUUAUUUUGUGUUAAGUACCGUAAUUGUAGAUGAAUAAUCGUGCCUGUUAUACCAGGAGGGGUCAAGAUCUGCCUUCUUCUUACACGUUUACAUUGUUGACCGCGCCUUAAAUCAAACCUAAGUAGAACAAAGAAAUCCAGCCGGGGGGGACUCCCAUGUUGAUGUAGCGGGGAUGCCUGUAGGGGAAUAUGAACUGAGGAGAGAGUCCAACGUACGUGUGACUCAGACAAACUUUACUCAGUCUUGACUGCAAACUGAUUAAGACCUGCCAUGCAUUAUUAUCUUAAUACUGAGAAAGAGAAACUAGAGCUAUUUAAUGAUGGUAGAGAGAUUGCCAUCACGCGAGAGUGCAGUCAUCAACACAUUACGAAGAGUCCCGUUUUACUUUCUUGAAACAACGGAAGAUACCUAAUUAUAUCUUUAUUGGUAACUUGGCUCAGCUAAUCCCUGGACGAACUUUCCCGCUGCCCCUUAUGAUCACUUAAGAGUUCCGCCCUGGGAAAAGCAACAACCGAGAAAUAACGUCUUGACAUUGAUCAUUACUGAAACAUAAACAACUGCGCAAUAAUAAAUAAAUUGUGCGGAAAUUAAUAUGAAACUUUGUCACGUGUGGCGACUUCAACCUUUCAGACGCUAAGAUAAGGAAAGACGGUAAAACUGAAGAGGAAAAAAUGCAAAGAUCGCUCAGCGGAAACAGAUCACAUCCUUCAUGGUGCUGCUUGUGGAAUAUAUCUUCUUAGCUUCCUUCCGUACCUCCCAAGUUCUAAUCCAUCUUUACUCAACUUCGUUGCUGAAUGGAUUAAAUUUCGUGUUUUGAAGUGUAAA